AUGGUGGAACUAGGAAUGUUGAAGUUAGUAUGGUGAAGGAAUCUGAGAAUGUCAUGUCUGUUCCUACAAAUCAUCCCUAUGAGAGGGUAGUUAACAACUCUCGGUCAAACCCUCAAGCACACAAGGGUGGUGAUAAUUCCUCAACAACUCCCUACAACAAAGGGGACAACAGUAUAAUAUUCCUGGACAAUGCUUAUGGUGGGACAGAUAAUAAUCUUAUUUCAAUGGGUCAAUUUUAUAACAAGGAAGAUAACAACUUAUCUAUUGAUCAGAGCUACAGAGAGAUUUGUGAUACAAUAUUAAUGGAUAAACGAUUUAGCAAGGUGGAUAGUAAUGUGAUAUCUAUUGCUCAAACUUAUAACAAAGCAGAUGGCAAUUCUAUGUCAAGAGAUCACGUAUUCAAUAAGGGGGAAGAUGGUACAAUAUCAGUGGGUCAAACCUACUGCCACAAGGGGCAGAAUAACAUGCCAUUAGUUGUUCAAUCUUCUAAAAAAGAAGAGAUCACUAUGAUAUCCUUUGGUGGCUGUGAUGAUGAUGAUACAUCUCCCUCUGGAAGAUUCUUUUCCAGCAAUGAACUAUUGAUGGGUCUAGCAGCUUCACAUAACUCAGAAGCUCUGAAUGAGAAACAGUUGGGUAAAUCGAAUUCUAAUUCACUCAUAAGUGCAGCCCUGAUGUCUGCAUCUGGAACUGAAAACAUUUCCAAGAUAAAAGAGGAGAUAAAAAGGUCUAAGAAGGCUCCUUCAAACAACUUCCCUUCAAAUGUCAGAAGUUUGCUGUCCACCGGUAUGCUAGAUGGAGUCCCUGUAAAGUAUAAGACCUGGUCGCGAGAGAAGGAACUUCAAGGUGUCAUAAAAGGUUCUGGGUAUUUAUGCAGCUGCCAGUCAUGUAAUUUUUCGAAGCUAAUUAAUGCAUAUGAAUUUGAACGACAUGCUGGUUGCAAGACAAAACACCCCAAUAAUCACAUUUACUUUGAGAAUGGGAAGACUGUAUAUGGGAUUGUACAAGAGCUCAGGAGUACUCCACAGAAUAUGAUAUUUAAAGUGAUUCAGACUAUAACUGGUUCACCUAUCAAUCAGAAAUCCUUCCACAUUUGGAAAGAUUCCUUUUUAGUUGCUACUCAGGAACUCCAGCGCAUAUAUGGGAAAGUCGAAUUGAAGCAAUUAUCGUAAGGGAGCAUUGUUUGAGUCGUAAGGUUGGAAGAUGCUCGUUUGGUGAUAGUAGUAAAUCGUUUGCAUACACCUUUGCUGACUGACUAACAACAUUAACUUGGGUGUUUGAAUAUUUUUCUCAAUUGAGGACAAGUCAUCCUUGGUGAUAGAAGGGAACUCUGGAAACAAAGCAGAUGUAUCCUAAUUGGAUUUACGAUGGCAGUAAGUAGUCAAAAAAUUUCAUGGAGGGCAUUUAAUUUUGAUAUCGUGGUCUAGAUUCCGGUGCAUGUUCUCAGUAUUGUAUGUGAUGGAGUUAGUUGUACUCUUUGAAAGAUAAAGGAUUGUGGUCUAUCUUAUGUUUGUAUGUUUUUUUAGGGGCUAUGUUCCCCAUUAGGUAAGAAUUGUUUUUCAUCCAACCCUGUUUCUUCGUAUUAUAUAUGCCU